UCAAUCGCUGGUUUCUCUCCCCCUUCGAGUUGUGUAAUAGUUAUCACAAAUUUCCAUAUACUUAAUGAUGGGUAGCUGAAAUCUAUCUGAUUUAUUUCAUUUACUAGUUUGCUUUUGGUAAUAAUUUCAGUAUAAAAAGAUAUUGUAAAUGAUAUUUUUCUGAUUUUUUUGGUGAUUUCAUACGCUUGCAGUGGGUAUGUAUAUUAUUUCUUAUACUUAAUACCAUAAUUAUAAUCAUAAUAUAGGCAUAGGCUUAUUCGAACUGACCCUUUUCGAUCUGAAUGAAAUCCAGCUAGAUUCAAAAAGCAUGCCCUAAAACCCUCAUUGGUAAGCGCUAAAGUUUACUUCUGAAUUUUGGCAACUUUUUUAAAAAACGGGUUAUUUUUUAUGAAAUAUUUUUUUCUUUGAACAAAGUGUACUGGUUCGAAGGAAAAUCGCCAAUUUUAGGUCAUGCAGCCUCAUUAGCUGUGCUUAUUGGUUAUGAAUCGGUUCAGUUCAAAAAUGAAUUUUCGUGAGCUGUAUCACUCAAUAACAUAUUUUUAAGCAACAUGGGUAAUCUAAUACAAGUAUUUACUAGGUAAAUACACAAGAAUUUCAUCUAAAAUGAUUGGUUUCAAGUAGGUAUUACGAACAGCAUUUGCAAAUUUAGUACAAUUUCCUAAACAUUGAAGAUCAAGUGAAAAAUGUACAAAGGUUUGUGUGUUUUCUUACUAACGCUUGUCGCCGAAAUAAAUGGCGGUUUGUUUGAGUUACAAUAUGGAAUGAUCAAUGGAACUGUUGGAAAGUCGAAGAAUGGACGCUUGUAUCAGGAGUUUUACGCUAUACCGUAUGCAGAACCACCAAUUGGAGAGCUUCGAUUCAAGGCGCCAGUUGCUGUUAAGCCAUGGUCCGGUGUCAAGAAUGCAUCUUACCCUCCUCCAUUUUGUGUCCAACCUCUUCUUUCAAAUGAGGAAACCAAAGUCAUCGGACAAGAAGACUGUCUUUAUUUGAAUGUUUUUGUGCCCAAUGGGUUAUUUAAUUCUACUGGUAAAGCGCCCGUGAUGGUUGCCAUUCAUGGCGGAGGAUACAGAUACGGAUAUGGAAUUGGUUACCAUCCCAGUUUUUUAAUGGACUCUGAUAUAAUUUUAGUAACGCUGAAUUUUCGAAUGGGAGCAUUAGGUUUCUUUGGUUUGAACAACGACCAAAUAAGUGGUAAUUUUGGUAUGAAAGAUCAAGUUUUAGCAUUGCAAUGGGUUAGAAAAAAUAUAGCAAGAUUUGGAGGUGACCCUAAUCAAGUAACAUUGAUGGGGCAGAGUACAGGAGCAGCUUGUGUACAUUUACACAUGUUCUCUCCGCUUAGCAAAGGACUUUUUCACAGAGGUAUUAUGCAAAGUGGUACCGCAUUUUCUACCUGGUCGCAUUUCGCUACAGGAAAUGGUGAGUUGAUGUCUAGGGCUUUCUUGAUAAUCACCGGAUGCCAGCGUGAAAACGCGACGAAAAUUUUGAAAUGUUUGCAACGUUUACCAAUUGAAGAUUUCAUAUAUUUGGAAAAUAAAUUACGUAUUGCGUAUGACGAACCAAGAAUCUUAUUCAAGCCUAUGAUCGAGACAAAUGUCAAAGAUGGGCCAUUCUUGACUAAGAGACCCUCCAAAAACACGUAUCUAACCAACGUUCCGUGGAUCACAGGCAUAAAUUCGGGCGAAGGUGGCGUCAAAAUUAUAAAAUAUUUGAGACAUAAUGACGACUCAUUGACGAAGAUCGUGAACAAAGAUUUAUACCGUUUCCUACCACUGAUAAAUGGAUACGUAUACACAGCAGAUCCUGAAGAUAUGGACAACAUAACGCAACAAGUCUCUGAUUUUUAUUUUGGAAAUGAAGACAUAGGAUCUGAUACAGCGACGAAGUUUGUCGAUAUGAUCACAGAUUCCACUUUUUUGUUACCUACAGUAAAAGCUGUGCAGUCUACACGUGAUCGAAAGUACGUGUAUCUGUUUGAUCAUAAAAGAGCAGAUUCAUUACCACGCCUUGCGGGUUUGACCAUGGAUCUUGGUGUAAGCCAUUCCGACGAGCUAGCUUUACUGUUUGGUAAUGCAAAUUCUCCAGGCAACUGGACAUCUCAAGAUGUGAAAGUAUCAGAAGCUAUGUUGUCAUUUUGGAGUAAUUUCAUCAGCACUGGUGACCCCAACGGAGAUUCGAAAAUGAAGACAUGGAAACCAGUGGAAACUGAUGAUGUUGAAUAUUUACUCAUUGAUAGCGAAUCAAUAACCAUGGAAAAAAAUUUACUCAAAGAUAGAUUUGAUUUCUGGAAAAAUUUGCCCACGGGAUGGAAAUAUGACUAAGAUCUCAUUAGCUACAGAUGAAACAAAUACCUACUUCCUAUACUUUACUUACCUACAUGAAUUUGCAUACAUAUUACUUGUGUUCCCAGAAUAUUUAUUUAAAUAUUAUUUUGUGUGAUUUUUUUUCUCAUCAACAUGAAUUUUCUA